GACUAAAUGGGCCUGAAACUUGACGAAAGCCAAUUGAGAUUGAGAUAAUCGUCGGCCCAUUCCCAAGCCUCUUCCUCGUUUGUAUCCCAAAAUUCGCUACCUAGGGUUUGUUUAACCGUUCAGUCCUUCACCCUUCACCCUUCACCAGCCACCUACAGCUGUGCGCUAUUUAUGCAGGCGUCUCAGAAUCUUGAAAUACAGAAUCAAAGCUCAAACAUGGAGGCCGAGACUGCAACAGAAGCAGGCUUGUCACUGAUAAAGCAACUCGCUUCAUGCAACAAGAGCGGCCGAGACAGAGCACUCAGGGUCCUCCUCAAGACAUGGCUGCCAACCCAACUCAAUCUCCAUGACGACCACAUGAAGAAGCUCUGGAAAGGCCUCUUCUACUGCAUAUGGCACGCAGACAAGGUCCCGGUUCAGACCCAGCUCAUCGAUCGACUUUCCUCUUUGGUCCUCAGCCUCCAUCUCCCUCUUUCCAUCCAUUACUUCUCGGCCUUUUUGCUCACUAUGCGCCGCGAGUGGUCCGGCAUCGAUGCCUUGAGGUUAGACAAGUUCUACCUUUUGAUUCGCAGAUUUAUGGCUAGUUUCUUUGCUUUGAUGAGAAAUAAUUUGUGGGAUUUGGAGCUGGUGAAACGUUUGAUGGGUGUGUUGGAAGAGGUGACUUUUUUCGCUGACGAUAAGUUUCUAGGUAAUGGUGUUAAUUACCACAUUGCCUCUGUUUUUCUUGAAGAGCUUAGGCCGUAUCUUCCGCUUAAGGCUGAAGUUCUUGAGGUUGUUUUAGUGAGUUUUAUUCGUGUUUCAGCUAAAGUUCCUGAUAAAGUCUUGUUGGGGAAGAUUAGGAGUAAUAUGUUUGAUGCUUUGCUGGGGGCGGGGAAGAGGCUGUUGGAGGUUAAGAAAUUGGGGGAGGAUGUGGGUUCGGGUGAUGAAGUUAUGGUCUUUGGGUCAAUUUCGUUGACGAUGGGGUUUUCGAGCAAGUUUUAUGAGUUGGGCUCUUCACCUGAAUGCUGUCAGGGAAAUAGGAAGGUGUUAUUUGGCUUGCACGAGGAGUUUCUAAAGUUGGAAAAAGAGUUGGAAUCUUCUGGGAUUGAGAUUUCUAUUCCUGAUGUUGUUUACAAUGAUGAUGAGGUAGUGCCGACUUUGGUUCCUCUUGCAGGUGAGGAGAUGGAAGUUGGAAACUCAGAACCUGGUGAGGUUGUCAUGGUCAAUGGCUCUGCUGGAAAGCUUUUGAAGAAGUGUAAGAAGCGUGAAAAGGACACUGGUGCUGCUGAUACAAAGGCAGAGAAGAAAAAGAAGAAGAAAAAGAAGAAUAAGAAGGAGAAUGGGAAUUUGGAUUCUGACUCUGAAAAGAGCUCUACGGAUAGGGAGAAUGAGAACGUAGUUGCAAAUGGUGAGAGUUCAGAUAAUCAACAGGCUACUGAUGAAAAUGCAGUUAAACUUGAUGAUAAUGUGAUAUCAAACCUUCAGAUGCAGUUUGAGAAGAUUGCUGCUGAAGCAGGCUUGGAUGGUGAUGUUCCAAGUGCCUGUGAUUUGCCUACAGCUUCAGAUAAGGGCCCUGUCUCUAAGAAGAGAAAGAGAGUGAAGAAAGCUGUUGAAGAAGAUGUUGAGGGUGGCACCAAUGCAAAGAGUGGGGAGAAGAGUGCAAAGAAGGUAAAGUUUUCCAUGAAAAGUAAUUUGGUGUGGAAGCCCCAAAGCCCUUUACCUCCACAAGAUUUAAGAGUGCCUCCUUCUGCUACGCCUAGAGGAAGUGCACUUAAGAAAGGAGUACCUCCAGGUCCCAUUAGGGAAAUGCCUCUCCCUACCAAAAAGGUGAAAAUGGUAAGAGUUGUUACUGCCAAGAAGGCACGGAAGGCUAUCAAACGCAUAAAGAAGCUAAAAUCUCGCCCUACUUAGAAGAGAUCAAUUUUGUAUUAUCAUUUUUUAGCUGAAAAAAUUUGUCCUGUGUUUGUUUUUCAUACACAACUUUAAUGAUUGCCCCAUUUGUGCUUUUUCUUGUCUCCUAUGUUUUAUUGGGUUUAUUUAUAAAGUUAAUUCUGACAUUGAUAUUGGUUUA